AUGAGUAAAUCUAAAUCUGACAUGUUUGGGUCCUCGCACAACAAUUGCACGAAGAAAGUCUCUGAGGUAGCUGGGGUAAGUCUUCGCGGGAAGCCAAGCUAUGUCGUGUGCCGGGGAAAGACGUCCCCCGGCCUUACGGAAGUCGAUAGCUCGAUUGACCUCAGAGAGCCGUACAACGUAGCUAUCCAGCAAGAAGUUCAAGACAUUAUGAAGCACCAACAAAACAUAAUUAAAAUGGUGGAUGGUAUGUACAGGGACAUCGCUAAUCAGAAAGGUUUCAAGAAGAGGAAUGACUACGAUAACUAGUUAACCACCAAGUGGUGUGGGUUUUGUCAAAAAUUUCCCGUUAAACUAAAAUUGAUCAGAGGGACUGUUGCGAUCCAAGUUCCAUACAUCCAUUCCAGCCAAUGCAUUCGUUUGCCGCGACCUUUGUUGUCUUACUGCGAUUCAAUUGGCAUUAUCAUUUUGUUUUUAAUAAAUAAUUAUAAGUGAA